AGCUAUAUCUGUAUAUUGUUUUUAGUCUUCAUAUCUUCUUCCACUGCAUUCCGCGAUCCAAACACUUAUCUGUCAUCAUAUGGUCCGACAUAUGACUCGCACCGUAUCGACACCCGCUCUUCCCGGCGAUACUGCGGCAGUGAAAUCACCCGAACCCUCAACUUCUUGUGCGAGAGCUAUAAUAAGAGGAACUCAUACUCCGUAGGAAUCGACAGAAAUGAUGAUCUGGAGAAUGAGAACAAUUCAUCAGAUGAUGGAAACAAAUACUCGUUGGCUUUGGUCCAUUUGCUGAGAAAUAACAACGAUUUGCGAUAUUAUAGGAGACAAAUCAGAGGUGUUGUCGAUGACUGUUGUAAGAGAUCGUGUACUACCACUCAAUUGUCACAAUACUGUGAUGUGGUCAGGAUUGCCACCACAACCCCCGGUUCAAGUGAUUAAGUCUUUACUGAUUUCUAAGCUGUGAUGAGCGCUAUGGUUAGAGACGAGACAUUAUUUCCUUAACUGUUUAAAUAAAUGAUACGAUUAAAGUUACAUUUAUUAAAAAU